UGUGGGGUGUAAAUUGAUUAUUGCUGUGUUGGCGCGUUAUCUUAUCAAGCGGAGUUCGAGUAAUUUGGUUUUAAUCGGUACCGAAUUUACGGCUGGGAUUCCCUUUUUAGUUUCGUUUCGUUUCGAGUGUUGUGCACAAAAUUUAACAUGCGUGAGUGUAUUUCAAUCCAUGUUGGACAAGCUGGAGUUCAAAUUGGUAAUGCAUGCUGGGAACUAUACUGCCUUGAGCAUGGAAUCCAACCAGAUGGUCAGAUGCCAAGUGACAAAACUAUUGGUGGUGGAGAUGACUCAUUCAACACAUUCUUCAGUGAAACUGGAGCUGGAAAACAUGUACCUAGAGCAGUGUUUGUAGACCUCGAAUGCGCAGUUAUUGAUGAGGUUCGAAACGGACCUUAUAGACAGCUUUUCCACCCAGAGCAGCUCAUCACUGGGAAGGAGGAUGCUGCGAAUAACUAUGCUCGUGGACACUACACUGUUGGGAAGGAAAUCAUUGACCUUGUACUGGAAAGAGUGAGAAAACUGGCAGACCAGUGUACAGGUUUGCAGGGCUUCCUUAUAUUUCACAGUUUUGGUGGAGGAACAGGAUCAGGGUUUACCUCAUUACUUAUGGAGAGACUAUCUGUUGAUUAUGGGAAAAAAUCUAAAUUAGAAUUUGCCAUUUACCCUGCUCCACAGGUCUCCACUGCUGUAGUCGAACCAUACAAUUCCAUUCUGACUACACACACCACACUAGAACACUCUGACUGUGCCUUCAUGGUAGAUAAUGAGGCAAUUUAUGACAUUUGUAGACGUAAUCUAGAUAUUGAGCGCCCAACAUAUACUAAUCUAAAUCGCCUUAUUGGGCAGAUAGUCUCUUCUAUUACAGCUUCCCUGCGCUUUGAUGGAGCACUUAAUGUGGACCUGACAGAGUUCCAGACCAACUUAGUGCCAUAUCCCCGUAUACAUUUCCCAUUAGUUACUUACUCCCCAAUAAUUUCUGCUGAAAAGGCGUAUCAUGAGCAGCUCUCUGUAUCCGAGAUCACAAAUGCCUGCUUUGAACCUUCCAACCAAAUGGUUAAAUGUGACCCUCGACAUGGAAAAUAUAUGGCAUGCUGCAUGCUGUAUCGUGGAGAUGUAGUACCAAAGGAUGUCAAUGCUGCCAUUGCCGCCAUUAAAACAAAACGCACUAUACAAUUUGUGGAUUGGUGUCCUACUGGCUUUAAGGUGGGCAUAAAUUAUCAGCCUCCAACUGUGGUGCCAGGUGGUGAUCUUGCAAAAGUACAGCGUGCAGUCUGUAUGCUCAGUAACACAACAGCAAUUGCUGAGGCUUGGGCACGUCUGGAUCACAAGUUUGACUUGAUGUAUGCAAAACGAGCUUUUGUGCACUGGUAUGUCGGUGAAGGUAUGGAGGAGGGAGAGUUUUCUGAGGCUCGUGAAGAUCUGGCAGCUUUGGAGAAGGAUUAUGAGGAAGUUGGUACCGAUUCUGUAGAUGAAGAAGAUGAAGGAGAAGAAUAGUGAAUUUCUGCACAUCUUAGAAGCGUUAACACUUUUAAUAAACAUUAAUAAACAUAGCUACUUUUAAUAAACAUGUUUUAUUCA